AUGCCAGAGAGUUCCCCCAACCUAAGACAGCAGGUCCAGUCUCAGGGAAGGUGCCAAGGUGUCCCAGACAACAGUGACAAGAGAAGGCUGAACCAGGGUUUUCUGGACCAAUCCCCACUCGAGGCCCAGCUCAGAAAAGCAGAGCCCCAUGACCCAGAAACACAGCCCCCAGGCCCAGCACAGCCCCAUAGUCAAUCAGCCCAGCCAAGGAGCAUCCCAGCCGGGUCAUGCACCAGCCCAGCCGGGACAGACAACCACCACCCAGGAAGGCUCAGCACCACUAGCUCUGCCCGGCCAAACACCAGACCAGCCAGGCCAAGAACCAGCAGCAGCCACGCAGCCUACCCCAGGAGCGGCCGCCCAGCCCAGCCCGGCAGGCACCCAGCAGAGCCCGGUCGCCCAGCCACCCAGCCACCCUCCCCGCUCUACCUCCAUGACGGCAGGUCAGAGGUGAAAGCCAGGCAGGACGUGAAACCGGAUAUCCGCCAGCCUCCGUUCACCGACUACCGGCAGCACCCCGUCGACUACCGGCAUCCUCCGGUGGCUGAUUACCGGCAGCCGCCCACACUGGAUUAUCGUCACCCUCCUCCCCUCAUCGACUACAGACAACACUCAACAACACUCUCUGCACAGUUCCCUCUUGCACAGUUUCCACCUGACUUCAGACCACAGGACUUUGACUACUUCACGGUAGAGCUGGAGAAAAGUGUGAAGGGUUUUGGCUUCAGUAUCCGUGGGGGACGGGAGUACAAGAUGGAUCUGUUUGUUUUGCGGCUUGCAGAGGAUGGGCCAGCCAUCCACAAUGGCAGAAUGAGGGUGGGGGAUCAAAUCAUUGAGAUAAAUGGUGACAGUACCCGGGACAUGACUCAUGCCCGGGCCAUUGAGUUGAUCAAGGCGGGGUGCAGGCGGGUGAGACUGUUGCUAAAGAGAGGCACGGGACAAGUGCCUGAGUAUGGUGGGUCUCCCCCCAAAUAAACCCCCAUCUUAAU